CCUGGCAAAACGGAAAAUAAGGAUACUGGUCUUCUGGCUACUAGUGUUUCUGGACUCUGUUGUGUUUCCAAUUGGACUCUACUACCUCCUGACAAGAACAACGACGUGGUCCACCACGACUAUGUCUUGACUGUGACAUUGUUCGGAACCUUUAUAACUCAGUCAUUAGAGAGAUCGUGGAACUUGUGGCGCGAAAGAUCCAGCUGCCGUGUGCCCAACGCAGGCCGCUACUAUUUUGAUUUCACCCACUGGAAUGUCCUCGCAUCCUGGGUCAUCAUCAUCACCGAACUCGUGGUCGGAACCAUUCCCGACCCACCCUGGAUGCGCAUGCUGGCGGUGCCCGUGCCAUCAAUAUUUUUCAUAUUUGGGUUGGAGAUGUUGAUAUUCGAGAUAUUGUACAUUUUCGAGAUUCCCGCGCCAUUUCGUAUCUCAUCCAUCCCAAAAGGCAGCCCGAUGCGCCCGGCCCUCUAUCCACUACUGGAAGAUAUCAUCGCGGUAGACGGCAAAGGAGGAUCAAAAUUUCGGGACCGCUUGGAUCAGCGGUAUAAAGCCAGUCCGCCAUUUCGUGGCAUGCUACACCGAGUCACCAUGCUAUGGGCGGUUCCUCAAGUCUUAGUGGCUGGGGGCACAUUAGCGGGAAUUGUAAUUGCGGACCAUGAGCUGGCUUACACGCUUGGCUGGUCAGUGCCUGCUAUUUGGGCGGCAAUCUGGAUUGUUGGAACGGUGAUCUGGAUUCGGGUGGAGUUGAGACGAGAGAGAAACCAUUGGAGGGGAGUGCGAUUGACCCAACAGCUACAGGGAGCGAAGGAUUGUGACCCAAGGACAGCAAUUACCAUUGAAGAGGCAACUUGA